CAAUGUGGUGACGUAAUCCCCCUAGAACGAGUGUUUAUAUAGACUCGGCGUCAACAGCGACGCAUCCAAACAUUCUAUUCCUAUUCACAGAAGAAAAACAGCCGCCGCCGCCGAUUGAGAGACAUGGGUUCUGCCGCGACCGACCGCUCUUCUGCCAAGCCCGCCGCUCGAUCGCCCGAUCACCGCGCCAACCCCGCAGCUGCUUGCUGGAGCGAGUUUGUUACUGGCUAAUUCGAUUCGAGAGGUCUAAGAUGCCCCCUCACAUCACAUCCAGCCAACUGACAUCACCCCCCUCAGACACAGAGAGGUUGUUGGUUUGCUGUGACCCCUUCAGGCUCAGAAUGGCUAAAAUCCUCCCUGCCGAAUCGAGCCGGUCCAGCCCUGCUGGCAAGUUCAACAUGGUGGCCGUGAUUCUUGGACGUAUGGCCCAGAUUGCUCUGGACUGGGUGAGGAGGUGGUUGCACCUCUGGCAGAAUAGCCCUGCCACCCUGGUGAGGGCUGUGUUGAUGGGCAUUGCCAAGGGGACAAUGCCCAUCUUAGGGAAGACGAAGCAACUCUUAAGAGGAACUUGGGAGGAACUUGGAAGAGAAGAAAGCAAAAUGGAGGGGCAAAACUUGAAAGCUGCCCGUCUAGGGUACUUUUCCCUGGACGGUCACAAGUGUUACCCUCAAAGGGAUACGGAAAGCUUGGCUGAAGGCGGACAUUUUGAAGAGGACCUGGCACUGCUUCUGCCUGCUUCUAAUGGUCCAUCCAAAAUGGAUAGCAUGCGUUUGGAAGAGGAUGGCGUUUCUGAACCGUACUUGAUCAGCACUUCCAUUGCCUACGACCUUGGAAAUGACUGGGAUGUUUCUUCAGAAGAAGACAUGGCGUUGGAAGGCAGAGAGAACCUUGGGAGUUCCCCCCAGAAAUGGCUGGAAUAUUGUUGCCAUCCACAAGCAUUGGUGAAAGGAUUGAAUAUUGGCGGAUACUGUAGGGAGAAUGUGGAAGGUUCCUGUAGCCACCGCGGAGAGUUAAAGGAUUUUGGAGGGGGCUUUUGUUUGGAAAGUACCUCCGCUUCCCAGGGAAACGAGGAGGGCCUGGGAUCUCGUGGGGAUUUGGUGAUGCGUGAUGGGCAAAGUCCAUCUGAUUCGCCAAAUGAUGGGGAAGAGAUAGGAGAAUACAAGAAAGGUGGAGAUAAGGGUGUGUUCAACUCAGCCCCCUGUGUUUCCAAAAGCCCCCUUGUCCUAUCCUUGUUCUACAGUCCAUCAGAGGAAGAGGAGGAUGGCAGUGACGAUUCAGAGGACUGGUGGAGCGAAGACGAGAUGGAAGAGAGCGUUCAGUCUGGAGGGCACUCGGGGAAUGGGGAGAACCGUCUGGAAGCGGAAGCAGGCUCUCUGCAUCAGGAUGUAUUGGAGAGCCUCUGCGAAUCUUUUUUUGCAAGCAACAACCCUUUCCACGCACUCUGCUUUUCCAAGCCCAUUCAAGCCCCCACAUCUGCCCCUCAGCCUGAGGCCAAGAAGCACAAGGAAAUCACGGUCACCUUUUAUCAGACAAGGCUGGAUUCUAAGCCUGAGGAGCUGUGUAAUCCACCAACGCGACCACGUUUCAAGUGGAAUCCAAGAGUUUCCUCCAGGCAUCCAGCUCAGAAAUGUUGCCAGCCAGACUCUGAGGAAAACUCUGAUCCUGUGACCACAGAAGUGUCAUCAGUUUCCCAGGAGGCAAACCAGGUGAUUAAGAAGGUCCGAUUCUCUCCGGUGGUGACUGUUCACCCGCUGGUGGCCUGGAGCUACGCGUCUCGGGCCGCCCGCCGUGGCCCCUGGGAAGAAAUGGCCCGCGACCGAUGCCGCUUCCGCCGGAGGAUUGCUGAAGUGGGAGCCAUCUUGGAGCCUUGCCUGAGGGCAGAACACCGGGCCAAAGCUUGGAGGGAGAUCUAUGGGGUUCAGGAAGAAGAAGGCAACGACAGCUCCCCUCUCCUUUCUGGUUCUGCUGAGGCAGAUUAAGCUGUGCCUCCAGAUUAAGUCAGGAAUGAAAUGGCUCUUCAAGAUAUGGCAGCCAUGAAGUAAACCGUCCAUUAGAGAUACAUAUACAGGCUUCUGAGGUUUUGAGAACCAAAUUGAAUCCUUUUUUUAAACACUGGAGAUCGUAAGGGGAGGCUCAUGGGUCUGAAAGGAGGGCCCUGUGUGUGAGAUGUUGCAAGAUUUAAUUCUGGGCCUGAAAUCCACAUUCUCUCAGGAUGAAGUGGGGCCCUGAGGUUGCCGUGAGGAGCAAGAGCUUCUGUGCUCUGAUAUUUCUGAAUAAAUGCACUGAUGUAAAGCUGCUACUACCUCAGUUGAUUUGAAGGACGUGGCUGCCAGGCCUUUAGUCUACAAUGUGUGUAGCAUAACAUGAGGAAUUGGUGGCCCUGGUGGACACUCAAGUGUGUUAUGCGCAUGCUCUAG